AUGGACAACCCCAGUCUUCCAGAGCUCCAACAGCCUCUGCUGGUGGGUGUAGGCGGUGAGCCCCCUGUCCAGAAGCCUGGCGAGCCUGAGCCAGGGCCUCCCUUUCGAGAGACAGCCUUUGCAGAAUCACUGAGGGGUUGGCAGUUCCUGCCACCAUCUCUUCCUUCUGUGAGUGCUGUACUGGGGGAGCCAGGGCUCCCCGACCUUGAGGAUGUGUCAUCCAGUGACAGUGACUCGGACUGGGAUGGGGGCGGCCUUCUCUCCCCACUCCUACCCCACGACCACCUUGGCUUGGCUGUCUUCUCCAUGCUGUGCUGUUUCUGGCCUGUGGGCAUUGCCACCUUCUGCCUGGCCCAGAAGACCAACAAGGCUUGGGCCGAGGGGGACGUCCAGGGGGCAAGGGCCGCCUCCCGCCGCGCCUUCCUGCUGGGGGUCCUGGCUGUCGGGCUGGGCGUGUGCACGUACGCGGCCGCCCUGGUGAGCCUGGCCGCUUACCUCGCCUCCCGGGACCCGCCCUAG